AUGCAGUUGAAAUCAUUCAGUCGUACAUAUCCACAAUCAACUGCCGGUCAACCUGUCGAACUGAGAUUCGAUGUGGAUUCAGGUGUGUUUUAUUAUGCUCUUGUACCAACACAGGAGUAUUGUACAAACGUGAACUCAGCAUUGUUAGUUGCAGAGAUUUUUGUUCCAAUGUCCAUUCAUUAUACAUAUGGAGUGAGAACUCGUUUUAGACCAGAACAAUUAUAUUAUAAAAUGUAUGAAAAUAAUACUAAUUUAAUUUUUGUCUAUGCACCAUGUACGUUGAUCAACAACAAUAUUGAACAAAUGGAAAUAACGAUCAAACCAAAACAAACACAAGAUGAGCAUUCAGACAACAAUUAUACUCGUUUACCAACUUAUUCGAAAUCUAUAUCAAUAUUGUUAAUUGUGAACUCUUUGAUAUUUUCACAUCUUUCAACAUAUUUUGUCUAA